GGUCGCAGAUGCCAAUCCGUUAUCAGUAUCGCAAAGUCAAUUAUUAUUUUCUGCCACCGCCUAGAUGCCACCACACCGUAUUUAGCGUCAAAGCUGGCUAUUCUGCCACCGCCCUCACCUCCACACAUGUACCCCGGCGGAGUAGGUCUGAUAAUAAACGGUGAUGUUUACGCUCUACGGUAUUGCGCAAUUACAAUGGCGGCAGAAUCAACUUCUUUGGAGGCUGCGAUCCAAGAUAUUUCUUUGGAUGGAAUUCAAGAAACAUCUUUCCCAACACAUUCAAAGACUGCUGCGGGGCUGGUUGGCGGGGCCGAGACGGACAUCUCAAGCCUCGCUUUCUCUGACAAGAUCUUGAUUACAAUAUCCCAAGGAGGGCGAUUAUCACAAUGGAUCCAAGUCCCUCUCUCGACCGCUUCGCCUACAGCGUUCGACACAGCACUACCUGCCGGGGGCGACGAUUCGCUUCCUGCGCCUCACAUAAACCCGAAAAUCCUUCUCGGUGCGGGCGGUGAAGCAAGAGAAACUUUAGGGCACUUGAUAGCGUCGCAGAUUGCCAGUUUGGUGUUGAAGCGUGAGCCAGAGGAAGCUCGGACGAUUCUCGUGGGAGUUGGGUUACUCAAGGUGGAUUUAGACAGGUCGGCUUGGUUCGAUCUUCUUGAGCUGCUCGCAAAGGUUGUUUGAGCUAUGUCCGAGACAAGCAUGCCUUAUUUGAAAGAACUGGGGAGCUUCAUCUGAGCACCCUAAAGGCUGCCUGUUCAGGCGAUAAUAGGCCACAAAUGAAGGCAACGUCGAGAGUAGGAGUCAUUAAUUCUGGCAAUGACGAUCUCAAGAACGAUGGCCACCGCCAAAAAUGUCCCUGGAGCGAGCUACUUAUUACGGGAGAUAGUGGGCGAACCAACCCCAUUUCAAAUACCCAUCUUCGGAGUAGCCGAGUUAAAAGCCGCGAAGUUGAGCGGUCGUAUCAAAUAUCAAACUGUGAGC